UCAAUAUUUACGAAAAUGCGCUUCGUCAUCUUAUCAGUCCUUUUACUUUUGCCCAAUCUCAGCUGGGUUGAGGCGAGCGAGAAAAAUGAGACUAGAACUGCCAGCAAAUUGCCCAAUAUAAUUAUUGUAAUGGCUGAUGAUAUGGGGUUCGAUGACAUUAGCAUUCGCGGAGCACGUGAAUUCCUAACGCCCAACAUUGAUGCACUGGCCUACCAUGGACGCCUCCUGGACCGUCUCUAUGCACCGUCCAUGUGCACCCCAUCUCGUGGAGCGCUUCUAAGCGGCAAAUAUCCCAUACAUACAGGCACACAGCAUAGUGUGAUUCUUAACGAGGAGCCCUGGGGUCUGGCGUUGAAUGCUACACUGAUGCCGGAGAUCUUUCGGGAUGCGGGCUAUUCAACCAAUCUGGUUGGCAAAUGGCAUUUGGGAUUCGUCCGGCCGGAGUAUACACCCACAUAUCGGGGAUUUGACUAUCAUUAUGGCUAUUGGGGUGGUUACAUCGACUACUAUCAGCGUCGCUCCCAAAUGCCAUCAGACAAUUAUUCUAUGGGCUAUGAUUUUCGACGCAACAUGCAGGUGGAGUGCACAGAUCGAGGCGUCUACGUCACGGAUUUGUUGACCAACGAAGCGGAGCGCAUAAUACGAGAGCAGCCGGCCAAGGAGCAGCCCCUAUUCCUAAUACUCAGCCAUUUGGCCCCCCACACGGGCAAUGAAAUUGAUCCGUUGCAGGCACCGGAGGAGGAGCUCCAAAAAUUUGUCCACAUCAACGAUCCAAACCGGAGAUUAUAUGCAGCCAUGGUUUCCAAACUGGAUGAAAGCGUGGGCCGAGUAAUAACCGCAUUGGCACGCACAGAUCAACUGGAGAACAGCAUUGUGAUAUUCUACUCGGACAAUGGAGCCCCGUCUGUGGGCAUUUUUGCCAACACAGGUUCGAAUUGGCCACUAAAAGGUCAGAAGGAUUCGCCGUGGGAAGGUGGCCUGCGUGUUGCCGGCGCCAUUUGGAGUCCAUUGCUGAAGGCGCGUGGCAAUCUGUUUACGCAGCCCAUCUAUGUUGGUGAUUUCCUCCCCACGUUGGCGCAUGCUGCCGGCAUUGAACUGGACUCCUCCCUGCAUCUCGAUGGCAUUGACUUGUGGCCGCAGUUGUCGGGACCAAAAGAUGCUCCGCAUGUUCCGCGAGAGAUUCUUCACCAGUUGGAUGAUGUCGGUAGAAUGCAAUCACUGCUCCUGGGUCAGUAUAAGUAUGUGAAUGGCACCACCUCGAAGGGUCAGUACGAUCAAUUGCUCACCUAUCGCAAGCUGGACGACCUGGAUCCGCGUGCCUCCAUUUAUGGGAUGGCGGUGCGUAAUUCAGCUGUCUCCAAGGAGCUCGCAUCCUUCGAUAUACAGCAGAUUACACAAGAUCGCAUCGAUAUUCUUAGCCGUUCUGCAGCUGUCAUCUGCUCUGACAUGCAACGUGGUUGCAAUGCCCUAUUGGAGGAGUGUCUGUACGAUCUCAGCACCGAUCCAUGCGAGCAAAAUAAUCUAGCUUAUUCGAAGCAGCACUCGGAAAUUCUGGCAAUCAUGAGGCAGCGUGUUCAGCAGCUGCGUUCUGGAGCGGUGGCACCAGGAAAUCGCCCAAACGAAAGGGAUGCAGAUCCCAGCUUGCAUGAGUGCACAUGGGAUAACUUUGGUGUGAAGGCGCCUUGUGCAGAUCCUCUGGAGUGUGAUUUAAAUGGAAUUCCUUGCGGCGCCGAUAGUCAAACAACGCUUCCUCCGACGAAAAACGCUGCAAGUUGUGGCCAAAGUUGCACUUGCGCCGCCGCCGUGACAAGAAACGUCGCCAGAUCAGCUGUUUUCUCCUUGGCAGCUUCUACCUUGAAGCGCUUUUCAUUUAGUUGAGUUUCACUUGUGGCUUGGCCGUUUAUUUCGAUAACAAAUCGAUGACAGCAUUGAAGAUCUAUCAAUUCAAUUGUAUAUUAUCGCAAAUGUUGUUAUUGUAAUUUUAAUUUUUUAACGUUCAUAAAUACAGUAGAAGAAUAAAUGGGAACUUCUCUGAGAUUCGAUAA